AUGUACCUAAUUCCCAAAGACCCCAAUCAAAACCGAUAUGUCCCGAUAACGUGGUUGUCGUCACCGCGCGCGUCGGUACCGUGCGUGGUGCCGGACGCAGCCCGGAUCCCGGCGAGGCGGCCCCCACCCCCACUCGAGGCUGAUGAUAGGCCCCGACCGAAGCCCUAUGUUUGGAAGAAGGGCGAUGAAGAUGUUAAACGGGUACUAAAUAAUGGUACUCUCGAGGUAUCGAAGAAGAAGGACGGGAGCUCCGAGGGAGUGUACCAGUGCACAGUCAGGCAUCAUGCUGGACUGGUGCUCGGGUACCCCGUCCACAUCAAGUUUGCUUCCGAAAGACGUCCACUGUUGGACAAAGGCUCUCUUAGUACUCCACGUCGAAUGACCAAUCGCCACUCGCAGCUAUUGGGAGCCAAUAGCUGCGCGAUUCUGACGACGUCGAUCGCUGUGGCCUGCCCAUUGCCACUUCAACUUCAAACACAUUCAAAGAGCUGUGGCUAUGUCGAUGGAAAUCUGGAAAUUCGCCAAAGAAACAUUCUGGUUCUUUAA